AUGCCCGAGCACCCCUCGCCAGAAGAAGUCGCAGCGACCCUGCUUGCUUCAAAUGGAUUGAAGCUGCAAUCACUCAAGACUAUACAGUCACUGUGGGCUGGCUAUGGCGAGAUCUGCCGUGUCACCGCUGCCCCGGACAGCUCGCCAGGCUCUUCCACCGCAUCACAGCGAACAGCCUCGGCCGCAAAUUCUAGACCACAAGAACUACAGACAUACAUAUUAAAACUGGUCACUCCACCGCCGACCAAAUCGGGUGAUGAAGGCCACACAAGGAAGAUCCUGAGUUAUCAGGUUGAACAGUUCUUCUACAGCCAUCUUGCCCCACAGAUGCCCGCAUCGCUCCCAGUUGCCAAAUGUUUGGGGAGCAUCAAACAGCACAACAAGAAUGGAUCAACAGUCACGGCGACAUUAUUGAGCGAUCUUCGCGUGCAAUAUCCCAUCGCAGGAGAGAAGCGGGACGUGCUCUCUGCGACCCAAGCGUAUGCAGCACUAGACUGGCUGUCAGGAUUCCACGGCUUCUGGUGGCCACGAUCGAAAGACUUUGAGCGACCUUCUUUAGUCUUGCCGCCUCUCGAGGAAGUCCGGCGCGACGGUCAAGACGCGACGGAUAAGACGGUCUGGCUAAACGGUGGCUACACGUACCUUGCGACACGCCGCACAGAAUACAACAGACUUGCCAAGAAUACUCAUGACGGAUGGAACAAGCCGAUCACUGGUCGCAUCGACGGAGGCAGCGUUUCCAUCGCUGAGGUCGUCGCUGCAUAUAUCGCACCGAGGCUAUCGGGAGGGGCACCUACUGAGGAUCAAACACUCAUCCACGGCGAUGUCAAGUCCGAGAACUUAUUCACUAGUACCUCGGGGGCAGAAGUUGCGUUUUACGACUUCCAGUACACAGGGAUCGGCCUGGGGUGUCUGCGACUUGGCCAAGCUCUUCACGUGCUCAAUUCCCUUAAGCAUGCUCGUAGCCGACCGUCACAUUCCUCAUGA